GCCUAACCAGGUAAGGCUCCGAUAAUUGCAAUAUCCAGGUCACCGUCCAAUAUGGCGUCUGCCGUGACACUGUGGGAAACUAUUUCGAGGAAGUGAAUAUUCACGUUUCUAAGGAGGAUCGUUACAUAACAUAUACAAUACAGAUGCUGUCACCAAGUGGUCAAAGUGACUGCCCUUUGAUCUGAAUGUCCCGUGGCAUUAUGGAUACAAUCUCGAUUUGGUCAGUAGUGCUGGCUGUGUCCAGUCUGACUACACUGCUUUCAGCCCAGGACAGAAUCUACGACAUGGACCGUUUCGCUACGUGCGGACAGGACGUCUCCGUCUUCGACAAGGACGUGGUCCUGAACGGCCGAUCUAACGCCGCCCCUGCUAAUCCCCCUCUUGAGUGCACCGUCUACUUGACGUCUGGCUACACUGAAUCAGACGGCAGAUAUCGUCUGCAGAUCAUAAUCGAAGCUAUAGACAUCCAGGACUGUAAGGUGCACGUGGACGUCUUCAACGGCAGAGGGGCCUACGGGACCUACUUGAGGAGUCUUGGUUGCAACAGCAUGAGCACGGACACGUUGUACACCGAUGGAAGGGAGGCAACUGUGAGGUUUACGAGACCCUCUACACUGUACCAGACGGCAUACGACUUCGUCUUCAAGAUAAGGACUUACCGUGAUAUUGAUGAGGGUGGAUACGUGGAAGGCACCAACAAGUUGUCCCCGGGAGCAAUCAUUGGCAUCGUCAUCGGCAUUGUGGCGUUGUUUGUCGUCGUCAUACUUAUCCUCUGGUGCUACAAAUCAGGCAGGUUUGGCAACUAUUACGGCGGAGGUUAUCCCGAAGAGGAAGACAACGUGUCCGUCACUAAGACAACGUCUAUGGGAGAGUUGAAUGGCGGCCAUUUGGGAAAAUACACACCAGGCCAACCUAGAAAACUGGGCCGGAACUUCUAUCAGAAGAAUGAGAAUAGAAACGGUAACCAAGAAGGUAGACAACUUAACAGCUUCAACACGGAUGGUCAGGGUCAAGGGUACAGAACCAACAAUGGCCAGAGAUUGGACUCUGCGUAUGACGAUUCCUAUGAACCGUAUGAUAGAGACACUAAUGUGAAGUUGAAUAUGGAUAAGAACGGCAACGCAGCUGAGUGGAAGAAAGACGAAGGGACAUUUGAAAGAAACGGAAGCAAACGUGCCAGCACAGGAAGUAAGGGCCAGGGAGGUCAGAGACCCUUAGACCAGGAUGAACAAGGUCAGCCUGGAUUUGACUCCUUUGCCAGAGAUGCUCCUGGUGCUACUAAGUUGAGAUCUAGCGACAGAGACAGCACACGAGGUAGUAAGAGGGAAAAGAAGAACACCAACCCCACUGGUGCUCCUGAAGAUGACGUUGCAGAAGCCUCUGAGACUUUACUGAAGUCUGCACCUCCUUCAGGACCAAAGGGGGAUCUUAGUACGGACAAACAUUUCUUUCCGGAUAGUGAGAACGAAGGCGAGAAUCCUGAUUCCAUGGACUUAACAAGUGAACCUGAAUUGAACAAUAAAGCGUCCCCCUCAGCCAAAAAGAGAAAGAAGAAACGUGGCAAAGAUGGAAACAUCCCCGGCUCUGACCUCCCUCCGGAAGCUCAAGAGCCAGUAUUUACAACGACAGGCUCCGAGGCCCCUUAUGACCCAUCUGCCAGUCUCCCUUUCACGGCCUAUGGUGCCCCAAGCUAUGAUGCCAUGUACCCCAACCAAUACGGGAUGCCUUACGGCAUGAUGCCAAUGGGCGGCGGAUUUGCCCCUAUGCCUGGCCAAACCUAUGGCUAUUAUCAAAUGGGACCAAUUCCAGGAGCACCUGCUACUGGGAUGCCAGGUGACCAACAGCCAAUGAUGGCAGGCCAGGCUGCUUGGUAUGUGCAGGACACUCCACAAGGUCCUGUCAAGAAAGGCUUCAUGGUGACCACGUCACAAGAGCCAUCACAAGCUUCUAAGAAGAAACACCGGCGUGGCAGAAACGGCCCUGACGACCUCUCGGAGAUGGGUCACCCCGGAGGCCCGGGGUACACGUCCACCCCCGGAGAUGCCCUGACCCCUAAACGGGGUCGUAAGAAUAGGCCUUAUGCCCCUAUUGAUCCCAUGGACAUAUCAGUGAUCGCUGCUGGUGGACCCCCUCCCGAACCUGGGGCGGGCCAGAGGUCAGCGGUGAUGAGGGCGGGGAUGGAUCCCCACACUGGGAUGCAGACUAAUCAGGUUAUGUGGAGGGACACGAUUGUUGACCCAUCUGACCCUCCACCUGACGCUAACCCACAGAUCACCAGGAAAACUCUGACUCGGAUCACAACUCGUAGUGGACAUGGCGACUUACCUACUGACCAAAAUCCAAUGGGGUACAACGACUACUCCGACCGUCUGGGUAUAGAAGAUGAGACCCCUGCCUUCCUGUCCCCCUCACGGCCAGCCCUACCCCCUGCUGCCGUCACACCCGACGCAUCCAACGUCGACUUCUACCUAGGUCAAGGUCAUCAUCCUGGUGCCCCGGAAGCAGUUGUGCACAAGGCCAAUAGUAGGAGCAAGGCCUUUCGGGACAGAAUAUCUCUGGAAGAUUCAUACGCAUAGCAGAAACCUGGAUAAUGUUGUAGAUGUACUUGAAAUGUUUGGAUUUGUUUUAUGUCUCGACGUUUUAAACGCAGGAUGAGAGAUUUACAAACUGCUGCUUUCCGGGUUGAUCCAACAUUCCACAUAUUAACGAUGAUAAUCGCUCAGCUUGUGAGACAGCAUUACACAUUACUGUUCACUCAUUUCUGAAAGGAAGCUAGGCAAGGGAGAUAACUCGUGAUGUGAAACAGUUGGGGUGAGGCAAGGCGUCAUAAUGAAAUAUUUCGCCACAUGCUUCCGGUAUGGCGGUGCGAAAAAAUGGCUGGAUGUGAAGAGUCUCACUUCCAUCUCAGCUGUGUCGGCCUAGGAGGCUAUUUUUAGCAGAUGUUAGGGGUGUCAGUCGUGAUGUGUUUGAUACUAAAUAACUAAUUUUAUUUUUUGUAUAGUUAAAUGGGUGACGCCCUCAGGCCAUGUACUACGUAAAGAAUUGAUGUCAUUGCGUUAGUGUUUGUCAGAUGAGAAUUCUUCACCAACCUUCAUGAUAUUGUAUAUGAUGAAAUCUUGGAACCAUCCCAAGAUGAGUAAAUGCUUAUAUUUUACUGACACUUCAUAGGUUAGUGUGACAAACUUGAGUAAUCACCAUGCGUUUACACCGAUUAACAGAAGUCACCAAAUUUAACUUUAAACUCAGUAACUCAUUAUUAAAUAUCAUUUGAAUAAUUUUACUAUUUGAUGACGGGUAUACCUCCACAAGUGAUCCUUAACGACAUUGUCAUUCACAUUUGUAAUUUAAUAUAUCCGUCCCCUGAUCUCAAUUUCCUUUCCAUAUUUGAGAGAACGCCCAUUAUUAAGCUUUCAUUGUAUAUCGCCAGUUAUUUAAUCGGGAGUAUGGGUUGAACUUGGUACCGUGCUCAGUAACUGUACACAUAUUGCUGCCCAUUCAUCACGAACACUUUGUGGAUAUGGACCCUGGUGUCCCAAGAAAAGAAUAACACAGCUGCUUGUUUGUUUUUAGAGAUGUAUUUUAUCGUUGCUUCGUGACAUUGUACAGUAGUAGUUUUAGUUGAAUGUUUUCUACAUUUCUGUUUUAAAGCAUACCCUGUUGUUUUCGUGUUUAUGUUUGUAUGAUCCAUCUUCUGUAGUCAAUCUUGCCAAAGCUGAUGAAGGUUAGGGAAGAUAACAUGUUCCCUCUGCGCUGUGCUUGUUGUAUGAACUGACCUGGUUGACGGUGCGUCGCGUAGGUUCUUCUUCACUAAUUCAGAAUCACUUGCUCCCUGAGCCAGUGCGUAUGUAAACAACUGAAGAGAUGGAGACAUGUGACAGCGUGUGAUUGGAUGAAAUAGUGUAAGAUGUUUAUGUUUUUUUAAAACACACCCAUCCAGUAAUUAAAACCGACCACAGUUGUAAGUAUUUAGUGAUGCCAUUUUUAUCACCAUGACUUAUGCUUAUAUAUGUAGAGAUAGUUUCAAGUAGGUGACAUUUUGUGUUCAGCUUUCUGUGCUCGGAAAGUUGGCAGGACAAGUAAGCCAGAAAGUGUGUUUUUAUUUUAGUUUAAAGGCCAGACUGUACCCAUGUGUACAUGGAAUGGUUGUUCAAAGCCUGGAUGAUUUAAAAAAAUCUUUACUAUAGAAGUCUAUGGGAAAACAGUUGAUGUUGUGUACCCUGUACACCCACCUCGUGUUAUUCCGAGGUCCAAGCGUGGUCAUUUCUGCGACUGUGUUCUAUCUAAGGGCAGUUGGCAUAAAACUGAUUUCUUAACUCAUGAUACAAUUUUGCGUAAUGAGUCAUAUACUAUGUAAAACACAUUGGACCUGAUGUACGGUAUGUCAUUUAACUGCAUCUUGGGUAUACAAUAUACAAGACGUAUGCAAAAUCAAAACUUAUUUCUGAAGGAUGCUUUGGGUUAAACACUUGAUUGAUUUGUCGUACUUUCUCACAUCAUUUUUGUCGACUGGGGGACGAGUCUUCUCGCAAGUUACGGAAAGGGCGUGUGUUGACGAAUGUUGACGAAUGGACCCGAACGGCGUGGAUCGGCGUUCGCGCUAUCAACCGUUUGUUCCUCUUGCUCAGCCCAGAUUAGUCUCAGGUCGCGGUGUUCGAGGCCAAAUAUGACUGUCUUGUGUUAUACAUGCUUCGUUUCAAUAUCCAAAACACUCGUUCAAUUCCUAUGAUAUAAUUUCCAUUGACCAUUGACCGAUACAUAUACGCUGCAGAUUAUGGAGUGAGUAAAGAUUCUCUUACUUGCAGAAUUAUCGUUUUCUUUCCAAUUGUAUAUUGUCCAUUGUAACGGUUUGUAUAUAGUUUAAAUUUGCUCAGAGCUUAGUAUUGUUUUCAUUGGUCUGAAUGUUUCAUAAGUUUCGAUCAUUCUUCAAUCAUAUCAAAUUUUGUCCAUCUACAACUAAAACCAACACCGUUAUUUCAAGUUUUAUACAUGUAAAUAUGAUUUUAUACUUCAAUGGAAUCAAGUAUAUAUGUAUAUAAGUUUUAAGUAAUUUUACCUCUAUAUAACCAAUGACAACAAAGUAAUUAAAAAGAAUUAUGACAA